GCCGUUUAGAACAUAGCCCGAUGGGGAUUGUAGUCCGUGCUUGAAUGUGUGGGAAAGCCCCUCCCGUUGUGUGUGCGCGCGCGUUAGUGAGCGCGAGGGAGGGAGAAAAAGAAGAUUCGAGAAGUUCUAGUUGUUACCGACGAGAAAUAGAAGAUGAAAGCAUAUAAUUACAAUAAUAACCACUGCAGCAAAAAACGAGCCCAGUUGUAAGUAGGCUGUUAAGACUCGACUGUACACUGUGUUCGCCGCCUCCGAAACCAGAAAGUUCCGUUGGAGCAGCUCUUCAGCGCCUCUCUCUGUCUCUCGCUAGCAAAGUUUACCCAGACAGUAAAGCUAAUUAACGGCUACGAGCCCGACACGGAACCCGACGUUUUAGCCAGAGGUCUCUUUACCACGGUUCAGAGCCGCAGACCUGGCCCAGGACAGCCGUGAUCUGUGGAGUGGGACCCUUAAAUGAUUUUUGCAACAACAAACAUUGGCAGAACUGGAACAAGGUCAUUUGAGCUUGUUACCUUUGGAAGCUGAAAAGGAAGCUAUCAUUUUGAGCUCCGGUGUAAGUGAGAGCGGGCAGGAGGGGAACUUGCACUAGCUGCCACUGAAAUGUGGCAAGUUAAACACUGAAACAGGCUUGAACUUGUAGUUUGACAUAUUACAAUGACUAUUUGUUCCAUCUCUUUGUGUUUGGAUCAGAAUGAUAUCUGAUCAAAAUAUCUGAUUGGUGCAUCCUUAGUCAGUUAUGUUGACUUGCAAUGUUUGCGGAUUUAAGUGCAUCUCUUUGACUGAAUACCUGAAACACUGCAGAUCACACAGACACAUUAACAAUGUAUUUUUUGUGUGUGGCCAUAAAGAUUGUGGCAGAAGAUUUUCCUCAUACAGCUGCUUUGCUGUUCAUAUGUCACGGACACACAAAGAUACAAGUACCAGACAAACCUGGAACAGAAAUGUGUCUGUGCAGCUAAAGUGUUUGUUCAGUUUUUGCAACAGAGAAUAUGCAGAUGUUAAAAGGCUUGUGACUCACUUGAGUGGUCACAUACAAGAGGGUUUAAGUGUAACUUGCCCUUUUGAUAAUUGUGCAAAAACUUUUAAUGUAAAGACAUCCUUUUCAUCUCACAUUUCCAGGUGUCAUAGAGGGUGGACUGUCACCCAGAUAGCACCUGCACAUAUAUGUGAAGUUGGACAGCCCUUACUAGGUGAAGGAGCACAUGUAACAGAAAAUGUAACUGAAAACACUGAUGUGACUGAUGCAGCCCAAAGCAUUGAUGUUGAGAAUGAUAACAUUCAAGAUGCCUAUACAACAAAUCUGGCUUUGUUUUUCUUGAGAUUGCAGGCAAAGUGUUUAGUUCCAGCAUCUACAAUUACAGGGAUUGCAAAUGAAAUGAAAACCCUUCAGGAUAUUCAGCAGGAGUACCUAAUGGAUGUUUUGUCUCAAGAACUUGAACAGUAUGGUGUUCCAGCUGAGACAUUUAGAUGUCUUAAGCAAAAUGUUUACAAGCACAGUCCUAUGUAUGAAACCUUGAAUGAAAAUGGUUCAUUAUCUACACAUCAUAGAAGGCUGCAGUAUUACAAGGCACACUAUAACUAUGUUCACCCUGUGGAAGUCAAGCUUGGGUACAAUGAUAAUGGGCAGAAGAGGCAUUAUCAUUACAUUCCAGUUCUGGAAAGCCUCACUGCAUUGCUGAAAGAGGGAAAUGCAGUUCAACAGAGUUCUAAUUCUGUUUCUGCUGCUGAUGGUGCAAUCUGUGAUAUUACAGAUGGGCAUGUCAUUAAAUCUAAUGCCAUGUUUUCUUCAGAUCCAGAUUCUUUAAAGGUGAUGCUUUUUCAAGAUUCCUUUGAGGUGGCCAACCCUCUUGGAUCUGCCAAGCGAAAGCACAAAAUUUUAGCUGUCUACUUAACCUUGGGAAAUUUAUGUACACACCACAGAUCAGCUGUUGACCAAAUACAGUUGGUACUGCUCUGUCUAGAGGAAGACUGCAAAUAUUUUGGUGUGGAUAAAGUUUUCAGUAAACUUGUGUCAGACCUGUGUGAGCUGGAGUUAAAGGGCAUAUCUUUUGAGGGCAAGCUGUAUACUGGUACUGUUGCAUGCAUAAUGGGAGAUAACCUGGGCUCCCACAUGAUUGGUGGGUUUACAGAAAAUUUCAGCUCUUGUGAGUAUUUCUGUAGAUAUUGUCUUGUUACGAAAGAUGACUUUAGGUGUAACUCACUCACAGUUGCCAUGCAUAGAGAUCCUGUUGGAUAUAAUGAGUCUCUGAAUUUUUUGGAGAGUCACCCUGAUGUAACAAUGCAUCAUGGGAUUAAAGGCAACAGUGUUUUCAACAGAUUAUCUAACUUUCAUGUUUGUCAGCCUGGACUGCCGCCAUGUCUGGCACAUGACCUUUUUGAAGGUGUUGUUGACUAUGACAUAGCACUAUGUUUGCAGUUCCUAAUAAAAACAAAAAAGUGGUUCAGCUAUGAGUCACUAAAUGACAGACUUGGAUCUUUUUCUGGUGAAAGUGGUGACAAACCAAAUGCCAUUUCCAACAAGGGAAUAAAGCUUGGAGGCCAUGCAGCCCAGAACAGGUGGCUGUUGAGGUUUUUACCCAUUUUGGUGCAUGACAGAAUUAAAGAUGCUGACAAUGCUGUAUGGCUGCUUAUACUUCUUCUGAGGGAGCUGGUUGAAUUUGUCUGUGCACCUAUGCUAUCAGAGUCGCAGAUUGCGUACAUGAAGGUACUCGUCGAAGAGUAUGUGGAAAUGAGGCAGGAGUUAUUCCCACAUGUAAAUCUCAGACCAAAACACCACUAUCUGCUUCACUAUGCUGAUUUGAGUUUACAGUUUGGGCCACUCAUACAUACGUGGACUAUGCGCUUUGAAAGCAAGCAUAGUUAUUUCAAAAGGUGCAUCAGGUCAAGUAAAAACUUCAAAAAUGUGACCAAGUCGCUUGCUGAUAGACAUCAGUUGUACCAGGCUUAUCAGAGUCAUGGUGGCCUGUUCAGUCCACAGGUUCAGGUUUUCAACUCAACUACAUUUUAUCCAGAUCUGUAUGACAGUGGCAUAAGAGCGGCAGUUGCAGACUUUGAAGUUACCUCAAGUAACUCAGUUGUGACAGAUAAAGUUAAAGUCAGAGGUACUUCAUAUGAGAAUGGUUUCCUUGUCCUAAUGAGAUACACCAAGAGACAGCUACAGUUAGGACAAAUAGUAAGCAUUGUUAUUAAAAAUGAAACAACUGUCCUUCUUUUGCUGAGGGAGAAAAAUGCCAGCUGGGUGCCUGAGCUUGGGAUAUAUGAACUUGAGAAAAAUUGUUCUCAUAAGCUCAUUUGCAAAAAUAUUGACCAGCUUGGUGAUUUUUCUCCCCUUUCCUUUUAUCAGAAAGGUGCAAGGUCCCUCCUCCCGCUUAAGCAUAUGCCACUAUGGAGCUAGUAAAAGAGCUGGUUAAAAAAGCUAUGCCAUUGCUCAGCAAUGAUCUCAUGGAUUUACUCAUGGCUCGACUGGAGGUGAUUGGAGUAAACAGUGUAGAUGACCUCAACUUUGUCAGGAUUGAGGACAUCGAUGGAAUUCUACCACCCAUUCAGUGUCGAAGACUGAUUCAGGCUUUCAGUGUCGCAACAGAUUUGCACAGCUGAUGGACUGAGCAUCCCAUGCACCCCCUGUAUACUUGCUAUGGGUGACCAGCGAUUCAAGGUAGCUGUUGACCAAGAAAUUGUAAACGACCACAUCAACUCCCCUAUUGUGGCUCUGGCGUACACUUUUGCUUUGUUUUAUGUCUUGAACAUAAAAUACCCAAAAGAGAUGUCACUUACCCUGGAGUUCAUUCAAAGUCAAUCACAGCCUCAAGUCUGGAACACAUUGACAUCACCAGACGCUGGGUUUCAUCCCUGGUGAUGCUCUGCCAGGCCUCUACUGCAACAGUCUUCAGUUCCUGCUUGUUCUUGGGGCAUUUUUCCUUCAGUUUUGUCUUCAGCAAGUGAAAUGCAUGCUCAAUCGGAUUCAGGUCAGGUGAUUGAAUUGGCCAUUGCAAAACAGUCCACUUCUUUCCCUUCAAAAACUCUUUGUUUGCUUUUGCAGUAUGCUUUGGGUCGUUGUGCAUCUGCACUGUGAAGCGCCGUCCAAUGAGUUUUGAAGCAUUUGGCUGAAUAUGAGAAGAUAAUAUUGCCCGAAACACUUCAGAAUUCAUCGUGCUGCUUUUGUCAGCAGUCACAUCAUCAAUAAAAACAAGAGAACCAGUUCCACUGGCAGCCAUACAUGCCCACGCCAUGACACUUACGGUGUGUUCACACCGAACGCGAUAGGCGCGAGCGAAAACGCCCCA